UGUGAUUUGAUAUGUCAAAUAGAGUUUUUCACGAGAUAAGAAAACGGGAAAGAAAUGUUUCAUGAUAGCAGCAAGAGGACUUGAUAUUGAAUGGAGUAAUACACCAGACUAUUGGGAAUGGUUACCUCAUUCUGACUCCAGAUUUGGGGAAGUGGCUAAACUCAAGUGGGUUUGUUGGCUUGAUAUUCGAGGCAAAAUUGAAACUCGAAGACUAUCAAAAAGAACCAAAUAUGUUGCUUAUUUAGUGUUCAAAUUGGAAGAUAAAUUCCAUGGCCUUGAAACCGUUAAUGCAGUUGUUAGAUUUGUUGAUUCUAUGAGUGUAAAAGAAGCGGAACAACGAGCUAGUGUUGUACAUUUUGCAGGACAAGGAUCUAGAGAGACACUACCCUUCAAAAGAGCUGAUGGAUGGAUGGAAUUAAAAAUGGGAGACUUUUUCAAUGAUGCAGGAGAAGACGGAGAUGUUGAUGCUCGAUUAAUGGAGACUCAGCGUCUCGAAGCAAAAGGUGGCCUCAUUGUUCAAGGAGUGGAGUUUCGCCCCGAAGGUUCAAGGAGUGGAGUUUCAAGGAGUGGAGUUCCGCCCCGAAUGAAGAAGAGAAGAAUCCUCCUCUUACUAUGCCUUAUUGUUUUGGUCUUAUUUGGAUUGAUUCAAGUACUUUUAUAA